AUGACAAAAGACAGUGUCAACUCGGAUCUCAAUGAGAAUCUGCCUUUAUUAAAUAAAACAUUGAAAAGUCCGAAGACUGCUAUAGGAUCCGAUUCCUCAAAAUCAAACACACAACCAAUUAAUACCAAUUCCAUUAGUGCCAACCCACUUCGUCAUGCUCAAUAUUCAAAUCCAGCUUUGACUAACUCAACAAAUCGACGUCCUCUUUCAGGUAUUGCCGCCCCCGUUACUCCUUUGGAAUACACUGAAUUUGAUGAAUAUUUGACAUCUAUGCGUCAUCAUUCUUUUAGUGCCAAUGAAUUUUAUCAAAAUAAGGCAGCAGAAAGACCAUUAUUCCAUCGUUUAUUGUCCAGUCAUCAUUCUGUUACCAACCCAAACUCACCCUUUGAUAAUUAUGUUAGUGGUAAUAUCAGUGGUACUCAGAUUAAUGCUCCAUUAUUCCCUCAAAAUACUGGUGGCGAUAGAAGCAGUAUGGAAUCUUUAGGUGAAUUUGGUGAAUUGAGAAGAUUGAGUGUUGUUGAUUUUGUUAGUAGUUUGAGACCAGCAAGAUUGAUUGGAACAGUAUUACCAUUAUGUACAUGGAAAGAUUAUUUUAAAUCUAAUAUUAACAAAAUAAAGGGUGGUGAUGUUCGAAAAUAUUAUGAGGAACAAAAUCAUUUAAUUGAAAAAUUCACUGAAAUUGACAAUUUCUUGGAUGCCGGUAAAAUACAUUAUAAUAUGUUAAGAAAUUAUGGGUCUGAUGUUAAUGAAUCUUUAGGGGACAUUGCUGAAGGUCUGCAUGAAAGUUCUCGUGCUGCAUCACCGGAUAAUUUGAAUGGGGGUGAGUUACAAGCUACUGAUCUUGAACGUGGUGAUUCCACCUCAAAAUAUUCAACAAGAUUUAAUGAUGUUCCUGGAAAUGUCACUAAUGAUGGAUCGAGAUACCUUGGAUAUAACGAAGAGGAAACUAAUUCCCAGGUUUUAACAGCAAUUUUGGUCAAUUUUUUGAUAAAUAUCUUAUUACUUGUUGGGAAAAUUGUUGUUACAUUAUUAACUAGUUCAAUGUCGGUUAUUGCUUCUUUGGUUGAUUCCAUAUUAGACUUUUUGUCUACUUUUAUUAUUUAUAUUGUCAAUAGAUUGGCUACUCAAAAUGAUUGGAAGAUUCAACAUGCUUAUCCAGUAGGAAGAUCAAGAUUGGAACCAUUGGGUGUUUUAAUUUUCUCCAUCAUUAUUAUCAUUUCUUUUUUCCAAGUGGGUCAAGAAUCGUUUAAAAUAUUGUUUUUCCCUACACCAAAUCAAAAAAUACCUGUCCCUAUUGGUCUUGAUGCAAUUAGUAUCAUGAUGAUUACUAUAAUUGCAAAACUUGGCUGUUGGAUAUGGUGUUCUAGUAGUCAAUCUUCAUCAGUACAAGCUUUGGCACAAGAUGCCAUGACUGAUAUUGUAUUCAAUACUGUGUCAUUGUUGAUGCCAACUAUUGGACACUAUUUCAAUAUCUGGUGGUUUGAUCCCUUGGGUGCAUUUGCAUUGUCUAUUUAUAUUGUCGUCAACUGGGGACAUACUGCAUUUGAACAUAUCAAUAAUUUAACUGGGGCUGCUGCUGAUCCUUUGGAUUAUAAAGUGAUUUUGUAUCUUGCCUACAGAUUUGCCGAACCAAUUAAACAGAUUACAGCAUUGAAAGUGUAUCAUGUGGGAGACAAUCUAAACGUGGAGAUUGAUUUAGUUUUUGCUAAUGAUAAAUACAAGUUGUCGUUCAAAGAUUGUCACGAUAUUGCUGAAGCAUUACAAUACUCAAUUGAAAGUUUACCUAUGGUGGAAAGAGCUUUUGUUCAUAUCGAUUAUAUGGAAGGUAACUAUAAAGGACACUUAAAAUAA